UGCUAACUGAGUUUAUUCCAGCAGCCGAUUAAACAAAAAGACAAAUUUAUGUUUACCAUUUGUUUUCACAGAUAGCUUUUUGAAACUUAAUAUAUCGAGAUAAGAAUGGCAGAAGAACAGCUUCCUGAUGUCCCUCUUGUACUUGUAAGAAACCCUUAUUUGGAAAAGAAAGCUAAUAUUGUGAGACAGAAGCCUAUUCUUUGGGAGGGAUACGAACGUGCAAGUUUAUUGACUCAUGAGCAAGUAGAACUGAUUAAAGCCAUUGACAAAAAAUCUGAAUCUGUUAUUCAACAAGCCAUGAAUGAAAAAGGACAGACCUAUGCUUCACUCAUCUUAUAUUUAUUGCAAAACUUGUCUCGACCUGACACAAUUCAGUACAUUUGCUUGUUGACUGAUCAUAUUCUCACUUUUAAUGAAAAUAACGCACGAUAUUUUCAUGAAACUUCAAAGGAGGAUGCGUCUCUGCCAUUUGCACCUUUUAUGAAACUAUUAGAUUCUGAAGAAGAAUUUAUGUCACUCGAGGCUUCAAAAGUGUUAACAAUUUUGGCUUGUUCGGCUCCUUCACCUACUACUGUUGAUCUGUCACCUUUAUUCAAAUGGAUUACGACAAAGUUAACUGGGUCUAUCAAUGAUGUAGUCAACUUGGUUAUCCAGGAAUUGGAGUCAAUUUUACGUGUAAAUGCUUAUCGUUUGUCUGUUUGGAAUACUCCUAAUGCUAUCAAAGAGUUAGUCCAUAGAUUAUUCUUGAAUAAGUCAGCUUCAACUCCACAAAUUCAAUAUCAAAUCAUCUUCUGUUUAUGGCUUUUGACAUUUGAGAAAGACAUUGCAGCUCAAAUUAACGAAAAAUAUGACAUUAUACCUUUAUUAGUAGAAAUUGCAAAGUCUGCUGUAAAAGAAAAAGUUAUUCGUGUUUCCAUUGCUACUUUAAGAAAUCUUGUUGAAAAAGCACCUGCUCAAAACUUAGCCGCCAUGUUGGUUGCUAAACUAUUGCCAUUCACUGAAAAUUUGAGUACACGUAAAUGGUCUGACCCAGAUAUUCUAGAGGACAUUGUUUUUGUAAAGGAAAGAUUGCAAGAAGAUUUCCAAAGCCUUACCACUUUCGAACAAUAUGCAUCCGAGAUUGAAACGGGUAAGCUAGAGUGGUCACCUCCUCAUAAAUCUGAUUUGUUCUGGAAGGAAAACGCGCAUAAGCUUGAAGAAAAUGGUUAUCAAUUACUCAAGAGUAUUGCACGUCUUUUGAGUACAUCAAACAGUCCUUUGGUUUUAUCUGUGGCAGCAAGUGAUGUUGGCUAUUAUGUGAAGUAUGCUACGAAGGGUGGCAAAAACCUUUUACAAGAUAUCGGCGCUAAGCAGCGUAUCAUGGAAUUGAUGACCCAUGAAGAUCAAGAAGUCAGAUACCAAGCUUUGUUGGCGGUGCAAAAAUACAUGCAUCAAGCCUUCUAGUAAAAUGAAGAGGGACAAUAUGGGUGGCAGCAAAUUAUUGAACUUCAAAGAACUAAUUAUACAUACACUGACAUUUCACUGCAAUGUCAGUAAUGCUGACGGAAAGAAAAUAAAAACCGAUCUCGUUGAUCAUUGUUGCAAAAAGAAGACAUUUGAAGUACAAUAUCAUGGAAAUAAGGACGUUCUGUUU